GUCACGACAUAUUAUAUGCCCCUCCCCCAGGUAAAGGUGGGCAAAGAAGGAUUGGAACCCACAGCACCGUGGUUUGUAGCCACAUGCUCUACUCAGGUGUCCUCAAUUUGUGAAGAAACCUCUUUGUUUUGUCUGGCUGGUGGAAAAUAAAGAACGACGAUAUCGUUAAUAGCAAAUAUUACUUCAUUGAUCAAAAAAUAAAUACCCUUUUUACCAAAAUAUCACUUCAUUGAUGGAAAAAACCUAUCUCCACUUGUAGAGUCAAGGCUUAGUAUCAAUAAUAUACGUAUAAAUGUCCCCUUGAGUUUCUGUUUCACAUCUGCAGCAACACCUAAGCAAAUUUUAUAUGGUAAAGAAGCCAUUUUAGCUGAAUUGAAGCAACUUUUGACCCGUCUACUUAGCCUAUUUGACCGGUUGAAUCUAAACUUGCAUUUUGUUGUUCAUGUAGUACGAAAAAUUUGUUGUGGUAAGUGAUCAAGAUCCAUUCUCGGAAGACGUGUUUCUAAUCUUUGCCGUAUAAAAGUGUUCCCUAUCCACCCCGCUGGGAGAGUUUCUUGUAUGCCAGUCACAAAAGCUUGUGUCGUAUCCGUUGUAUGUAGCAUGACAACCACGUUUUUUGAUAGUGAAAUUUGCACUAAAUAGGACUAAAACAUAAGUCAUUUCCCAAUGUAGGACUUAAACUUUUUUAUUCUCUAAAUAGUACUUAAUAAUGUCUAGUGGGAGGAAUAAUGUCCAGUGAUCAUGAACAUUAACAUUUACUUGAAUAAUGACUAAUGAAUAAUGACCAAUGGUUGGAAAAUAAAAACAUAUGGUCAUAUAUUGAGAAAGUCAUUAUGUUUUAGUCCUAUUUAGGUAAAUUACCCUUUUUGAUAAAGUGGAUUUUAUGAACCUGUUUAUUAUUGUGUGAAUUGUAUAAUAACCUAAAAAACUAUGUUUGCAACUCGUCUACCUUGUAAAAGGAGCGUCUGGUCAAGUGGCGUAAAACCUUAACCUGAUAUUAGGGAUUCUAGAAAGCAGUGAGCUUAUUGGCAGGUCUUUACUUCAUUAGAUGUCUGUAUUUAAAAUCGUGAUCACAAGUUUAGUAGCUUUCUAUCUUAUAGCCAUAAACAAUUCUGAAUUGUUUUUGUUUUAGCCGGCAUGUAAUCUAAAAACUGAAUAAUCACAAAGUAACAUUUUCUAAACAUUUCACUACUUGCAUAAAUAAGAUAAUCAAUAUAACACAGAGUAUUUAUAAUUUAUAAUAGUGAGUUCAUCUAUAUAUCAUAUGGGAGCAUGUUUGGGUAAAAUUUGAUUUUAGAAAACAAAAAAGGAUAGAAAAUAAAAAGAAUGUGAUAGAAUUCAGAUUAAAAAUAACAAGAAAACGAAAAAUUGCAUAAAAAAGAUAAUUCAAUUCGAGAAGGGAAAGUGUCCAUACAAACCAAAGUUUGAGAAUUGGAAUAAAACAGGAACUGAAAACAAACAAGGAAACAAAGCUUACUAAUAAACAUCCUAUGAUAGUUGUUUCCUAAAAUUUAGCCACUCUUAAACAAGGAAACAAGCCUAAGAAACAAGAUAGUGGAGAAUUUAUGUUUUAUUUCAAUUCUCAAACUUUGGUUUGCAUGGACACUAUCCCUUCUCGAAUCGAAUUAUCUUUUUUAUGCAAUUUUUCGUUUGUUUGUUGUUUUUAAUCUGGAUUCUAUCACAUCGUUUUUAUCUUCUAUCCUUUUUUGUUUUCCGAAAUCAAAUUCUUACCCAAACAUGCUCCCAUAUGAUAUAUAGAUGAGCUCAUUAUUAUAAAUUAUAAAUAUGAUAUUGAUUAUCUUAUUUAUGCGAGUAGUGAAAUAUUUGGAAAAUGUUACUUUGUUAUCAUUCAGUUUUUAGAUUACAUGCCGGCUAAAACAAAAACAAUUCAUAAUUGUUUAUAGCUAAAAGAUAGUAAGCUACUAACCUUGUGAUCACGAUUUUGAAUACAAACAUCUAAUGAAGUGAAGACCUGCCAAUGCCAAUGAGCCCACUGCUCUCUGGAAUCCCCAACAUCAGGUUAAGGUUUUGCACCGCUUGACCAGAAGCUUCUUUAACAAGGUGGUCGAGCUGCAAACAUAAUUUUUUUAAUUAUUAUACAAUUCACACAAUAAUAAACAGGUUCAUAAAAUCCAUUUUAUCAACAAACGUGGUUUGCAUGAUACAUAAAACGGAUACGAUACAAGCUCUUGUGGCUGGCAUAAAAGAAACUCUCCCAGUUGGGGAUAGGGAACACUUUUAUACGGCAAAAAUUAGAACCUUACACGUCUUCCGAGAAUGGAUCUUGAUCACCUACCACAACAAAUUUUUUGUACUAUAUGAACAACAAAAUGCAAAUUUAGAUUCAACAGAUCAAAUAUGCUAAGUAGACGGGUCAAAAGUUGCUUCAAUUCAGCUAAAAUGGCUUCUUUACCAUAUAAAAUGACAUUUGUACGUAUAUUAUUGAUACUAAGCCUUGACUCUACAAGUGGAGAUAUGUUUUUUUCCAUCAAUGAAGUGAUAUUUUGGUAAAAAUGUAUUUUUUUGAUCACUGAAGUAAGAUUUACCAUUGACGAUAAGGUCGCUGUAAAGAUUAUAUAUUUAUAUCCACUCUUGAAUUGUUAGCAACCAUUAGUUUUUGUUUUAUAUAUAUAUAUAUAUAUAUAUAUAUAUAUAUAUAUAUAUAUAUAUAUAUAGUCAAAAUAUAUCCCAUAGGAGUACAAACAAGGUUUUUAUAUGAUUUUACCUACAUGUACACGCCAAAAAACCAAGAUACAACAUGUUGCUUCAUAAAAACACCCUGGGACUUCCUCUUUAGCGACAUCCAUUUUGUAAAUCAGCCUUCAGCGACAUCCAUCUUCAAAUCUUCAGCGACAUUCACCCUCCUAUUUUUUUGACAUCCAUCCAUUAUUUUUCGAUCAGACUUCUGCGAUUAAUUCCUCUCAAUCUCUAAACCUUCAGCGACAUCCAUCCUCUUUACCGCUAAAUUUCUCCAAGACGUGCGGUAGAAUACUGUAAUCGAUCGCCAAACCAAUUCCUCUCUCAAAUUACUCCAUGCAAAUUCCUCUCACACCUUCAGUGAUUUCUAGCUAACCGUUCGAGUACUCAGUGAUACUCUCUACCAACAAGCAUCAAUCACCUACUUGAUUUCUUUUCCAAAUCUUUUAAUUUCUGCAAAAUAGUGUUUGUUAUGGCUUUGAUUUUGAAAUUAGAUACAAUUUCUGCAAAAUUGGCUUAUGAUUGGCAGUUCAUCAAUUUUUUAAUUAUCCAAUGAGUAAUUGGAAAAUUUGCUAUAACCUGCAAAAUACAUUAGGAAGUUGUUCAUUCUUAAGAAGACCCUUCACCCGGUAUAUUUGGUUUUCUAUGAGAUAGCUGUCUCCACAAAUUGGCAUCUCGUGUUAGGAAAACUAGUUUCUCCUUAGAUGCUUGUUUUAUCAAAUUCCCGGUUUUUUAGAACAAUAUACAACAAUGGGUUAAAAACACUAGUGGUCAACCUUCACAUAUGUUCGCCCAAGAUAAAAUCCAAAGACAGGUAAUAUGAGUUGAAUUGGAAAAUAUACUGGGUAUAGUUUUGGCAUUGAAAAUAUACUAAGUUCAUUAUCUCCAUUUUUAGGUAUUGAAUAUAUACUAAGUUCAUAAUCUCCAUUUUCAGUACUAAAAUAUGUCUCUAAAAUGCCUAAAAAACUAGUUGAAGUAUGAACUUAGUAUGUUUUCUGGAAAUUUAAGUACCCAUUUUAGAUACAUGAAUCUGCAUGCGUAAAAAUUUUGUAUUUUUGUAGUUCCUCAAAAGUUUACUGGAAAAUAUAUUGAGUUCAUUGAUUUGGGUAAUUUACUACAAAUAUGAGAUGAGUUUUAUACCUAUCCAACUCAAAAUGUUAUUUAGAAUUUCCUCUGCGUAGGGGCAUAAACAAAAUAAAUGUUCAAUAUCUUCAAUACCUCUACCACGCAUGGAGCAUGUAGUGUCAUUAUCUAGAAAUUUAGCAUGGUUUUGCUUAGUGGAUAACCUACGAGUAAGCCUGCUCGAACCAUCCAAGCAAGUAAGUCUUCUCAAAUCAAUGUGUAAGUCUUCUCAAAUCAUUGAGUAAGUCUGCUUGAACCAUCCAAGUAAGUAAGUCUGUUAAUCGAGCACUUAGUGUCAAUAUCCAAGUAAGUCUGCUUGAACCAUCCAAGUGAGUAAGGUUUUGCCAGUAAGUCUGCUCGAACUAGCCCUUACUGCCCUUACAAAAACCAUCCAAUUAAGUAACCUGCCCUUACUGCCUUUAUAAGAGCCACUGAGCCAGUAUACAAAUCAUCCAUUUCAAACAAGUCUGGACAAAUUCUGAGCAGGCAUAUCACCUAAAAUGAAGUUGUAGCCUUUCUGGACAAUGUACUCUUCAUUAUGGAUUAACGCCUUAAACUCAUUCCAAAUGCUUAGAAGUUUUUUCCUAUAGAAACAGGAUUGGCUGCUGAUUGGACAAUCCCAAUCUUGUCUAUCAAGGUUUCACUCUAUUCCCCAAGAACCAAUUAUACCUUGUUUAGUUUCAUGAUCUCCAUUUUUGCCAUGUCUCUAGAGGUAUUAGUGUUCUUAUUUAGUUUUUUCCAAUAAAAGCAAAUAUCAUGCCCCGGAACACAAAUUCUCAAAGUUUAUUGUCUAAUGUUUUUCUAGUUUUCUCGUUUUCUAUUUACAAAAAUGAAUUUUUAUUUCAAUUUUUGAUAAUUGAUUGCAAUGAUUAAUGUGAUUGUAUUUUUAUUAAUUCUUGCAAACCAAUUUCUUUUUAACACAUAAGCAUGAUUUCUAUUUUUAACUCAUUUUGCUAAAGAGAUAGGUUUGUGCUAAAAAAAGAGGAACAGGUUUAUUUUUAAAUGUAUCUUUUUUGCUACUAUUUUUCACCAUUUGUUUGGCAACACUAUUAUGAGAACUCCAGGGGAUUGUUACUUUUAUGACUAUGGCAUACAAGAGUUGAGCUUUGAAGAUUUGCUAUCAUAAGGAAAGUUCUUGCCAGGUCUGUUGCCAGAAUCUACGACCUGCUCUCAAGUAUAUGCACAGAUGACACUUCAACUAGUUCCUUCGGUAUAAAGCUUUGAUCUUGAAUUCUUCAUUUCUAUAGUUUACCACAAAUGGAAUAUGAUUGCUAUAUUUCACAUGCAAAUUCACAAGGAAGCAUUAGUGAGAUCAGAUUUAUCAAUGAAAGCGAGCAAAUCUCAGACAUAUUAUUCUGUAAGACUUUGCCUGCUAGUGAAACAAGUACUCAUGGAGGUUUCUCUGUACCUCGCCGUGCUGCAGAAAAGAUUUUCCCUCCUCUGAUCUGGUCCUUCGGCCGACCUCUUCAAGAGAUCCUGUCAUUGUUCCUUGCAAUCUUAACCCCACCGGUCCAGAAAACUUUGAAGGGAAUGCACAAGCCGGACCUAGACAGACCCCACACAAAGACGUUUGCCAUGUGUGAAGGAGGUUGAUGUCAAUGGGAUAACUAUGAAAGUUAAAUACUGCUACAUCUGCAUGCUUUAUAGACCUCCACGCUGCUCACAUUGUUCAGAUUGCAAUAAUGGUGUGGAUCAGUUUGAUCAUCAUUGCCCUUGGGUUGGACAAUGUAUUGGAUUGGUAUGCAUUAUUAAAACCUUACCACUUCAAUUCCAAUUGGGUGUUUGAAAAUAGUCAUACUCUUUUUCUUCUCUUUCUCCAAAACACAUGACCAUUUUCUCUCAUAGAAACACAUCGUCCAGAUCUUUUUAUUCUAAAUUUCUUUUCAAUAUCUUUUCUUUAAGACUUAAGGCUCCAUUUAGAACCUAGAAUAUAUUUUCUUUAAGACUUAAGGCUCCAUUUUGAACCUAGAAUAUAUUUUCUUUAAGACUUAAGGCUCCAUUUUGAAGGAAGAUUUAUUUAGGGAAAUUGAAGGACAGAUUCAAACAUAAUGCUACCAUUUAUGCAACUGGUGGGGAGAGGCAUAGCCUUGUCUCAGUUUGCUCUUUUUUGUAGUAGUAUUUUCCUUGCAAGACUAUGUUUUGUGCUUCAAGAAUCAAGAAUACAUAUAUUCUGGACAAUUUGUAUUGCGGCAGGUAAAUUUUUUAGCUUGGUGCCACAAGAAUUUCUAGGGAAAGAGUUCCUUGAGGAUGUUAUGUUGGCUGCGAAAACCCAACCAAAGGAACGAUUCGAGAAAGAGUUCGUAGACUGUUGGUUAAUAAGUCCCAACAUUACAUGUUUUAGUUUCUUAGGCCAAAAAAAUAUGGCUUCAAUUUUUAAAGCUAUAAACGGGUAUAUGUGAUUCACAUGCAUUCUUGUUUUG